AUGGCGGGUGCUAUGAUGUUUGAAAGAUCAGCUUCUCGUGAGGAUUCCGCGAUUCAUUCUAUAAAUCACUUAUUACAGAAUGAAGAAAAUGAAGACGAUAAAAUACGUAUUGAAGAACAAAAAAUUCUUAAACUUGGAGAAAAGUAUAAACAGGAAAAUGAUCCGGAUAAGCUUGCUGAACUUAUUACGAAGACAAGGCCUUUUUUAAAUCAAAUUAGUAAAGCGAAAGCAGCAAAAUUGGUACGUUCUCUUGUUGAUUUUUUUCUGGAUUUAGAGUCAAAAUCAAAACUCGAGAUACCUCUAUGUUUGGAAUGUAUUCAAUGGGCAAAGGAUGAACAGCGCACUUUUCUUCGUCAGUCAUUGGAAGCCAGAUUAGUUGCUCUUUAUUAUGAUCGUAAAAUGUACACCGAAGCUUUAAAUUUGGGCUCCACCUUAUUGAAAGAACUCAAAAAAUUAGAAGACAAAAAUUUAUUAGUUGAAGUUCAACUUUUAGAGAGUAAGACUUAUCAUGCAUUAAAUAACUUACCGAAGGCUCGAGCUGCACUCACAUCAGCAAGAACAACCGCCAACGCUAUUUAUUGCCCUCCUAAAAUGCAAGCAGAGUUGGAUUUACAAUCUGGUAUUUUACAUGCAGCCGAUGAAAGGGAUUUUAAAACUGCCUAUUCAUAUUUUUAUGAAGCCUUUGAGGGUUAUGACUCUGUUGAAUCUCCAAAAGCUUUGGUCGCUUUAAAAUAUAUGCUUUUGUCAAAAAUAAUGCUGAAUACACCAGAAGAUGUUGCACAAAUUGUAUCCGGCAAAUUGGCUCUUAAAUAUGCUGGUAAGGAUAUUGAUGCCAUGAAAGCAGUGGCCACAGCUAGUAGCAACAGAUCGUUGGCUGAUUUUCAGAAAGCUUUACAAAAUUACAACAACGAACUUAAAGAAGAUGUUAUUGUGUGUGCACAUUUAGGAGUUUUAUACGAUACAAUGUUAGAACAAAAUUUAUGCCGCAUAAUCGAACCAUAUUCAAGAGUUCAAGUUGAACAUGUUUCUAGAACAAUACAACUUCCACUUUCACAAGUUGAAAAAAAAUUAUCACAAAUGGUGUUAGAUAAGAAAUUAAAUGGUAUUUUAGAUCAAGGUGCUGGUGUUUUAAUUGUUUUCGAAGAAACUCCACUAAGUAAAACAUAUGAAACUGCUCUCGAAGUUAUUCAUCACAUGGGUAAAGUACUUGAUACACUGUACCAAAAAGCUAAAAAGCUUUCUUAA